AUGUCGAGCUCAGAGGAACUGCUGCGGCAGUACGAGGGCCAGCUGGUCCCGUACGAUUUCCACGCUGGGUUCGUGUGUCUGAGUUAUGCCAUCAGCUUGAUUGGCACGAGCACGACGCUCGAACUCAUCCGACGUCGCACCUCGCACAGGGGACUUCACAACUUACUGUUACUGGUCGGCGCCGCGAUUUCCAUGGGCGGUAUCGCCAUCUGGUCCAUGCACUUUAUUGGCAACCGAGCCAUCUACAUGCUCAACGGCCAAGAGUCCUUCCAGAUCGCGUACUCGACGAGCCUGACUGUCCUUUCCAUCCUGGUGCCGAUUCUCGUGCUCAUCCUCGCGUUCCUCGCCGUCAGCGGCAACGGGCGCAUCCGCUGGUGGCGCAUCGGCCUUGCGGGCCUGCUGUCGGGCGGCGCCAUCUGCGGCAUGCACUAUCUUGCCGACUCCUCGAUUAGCAACUACACCAGCUCCUACAAGGUUCCCAAUGUGGUGGGCUCGGCCAUCAUUGCCGUGUCGGCCAGCGCGACGGCGCUCGCCGUCUUCUUCGUCUUCGAGGCAACGUGGAAGGGCGUCUGGUGGAAGCGAUUGGGUUGCGCCAUGAUCCUCGCCGGAGCCGUGUCGGGCAUGCACUGGUGUGCCGCCGUCGGCACGAGCUACCGGCUGCGCGAGCUGCACUCGCCGGGCAAGGGCGUCUCCCGCCAAGAGGCCAUGAUUGUGGUCAUCUGCCUGUCUGUCGCCGCUGGCAUCGUCAUGACGGCCAGCGCCGCGUACUCAAGCUGGAUCAGGAGAGACUACGCCAGCAAGUCGCAGCAGGUCGUCUUGGCGGCCGCCGUCUUCGACAGCAAGGGCAGGAUCAUGGUCAACCAAGAAGGCUUUCUGCCCACCGAGGUCGUGACCGACACGCUGGUGCCCAAGUCCAACGACGACAUCUUCAGCACCGGCCACCCCCUGUUCCACUGGAUGUUUCGGGCCUCGCGCAACUGGAACACCAUUGCUGCCGUCGUUGCCAAGAUGGCCGACCACAUUGGCCGGCUGUCGCCCGACGGCAACAUUGCCGGCAGGACCGGCGUGCAGCUGGUCGGCGACGACGGCCUGCUGGUCGACAACUACGACAUCAUCUUGCGCGAGCUCUUCUGCCUUGCCGCGACCGCGCUGGCGACCCGCACACGAGAAACGCUGACCAACGUCGGCGUGCUCUGGGAUGAAAUCUUCACCACCGGCGACAGCUCGACGCUCGGCAGUCGGCCCAUGACGGCGCACGGCAACGACAGCAGCCAGGGGCCGGACCAGGCCGACCAGUCGUCCAAGGAUAAGUCCAUCUUCCAAAGCCUGGCCGAAAAGGGGCUCUCUCCCACGCACAUGCAAGAGUACGGCCGCGGUUGCCUCAUGUUUCUUGUGCGGCGGGUCGACCACAAGCGCGAUGCCGAGAACCUCGAGGCGGCGGGCUACCGCUUCGCCGAGGUCCAUCAGGUUGUCGGGGGCAUCCGCUCGAGCAUGCAGAUCAAGGCGCAGGACCUCGAAGCACGCCUGCGGACCAUGUCGACCCAUAACGAAAAGGCCGCGAUGCUCGGCCCCGGCGUCCACCUGGGCAUGUUUGCCGUCCGCGCGAGGCUGGACCGCAGCGGGUUCGACGUGUUGGCGCAAAAGGACGCCAGGAAUCUGCUACCCACCGUGGCCAUGCCGAUGGACCACCUGGAGCCGUGGCAGACGCGGUUCCUGGCUCGCCAUCAGAGCAUGACCGUCCUUGCGUUGGCGCAGAGGCUGGAGACGAUGGAGCACGCGUCGACGCAAGAGAGGCUCUUCGCGUCGGACCUUCGCCACGCCAUCUCCGCCCUCCGGCAAGGCCUCGAUGACGCGCGCUUCGACGAGGCGACGCUUCUGCCGCGGGAGGUGCAGGUGCCCUGUUUCACCCGCGAGGAGACACCGCGCCCGUCGACGUGCACGCUCAUUGCCUUCCGGAUCGUGCUGCCCAUCCACGCGACCGUCGAGUCGACGCAGUGCGAGUUCACGCCGCUCAACUUCUUCAAACUGCGCCAGCUCACGUACGAGGGAUCGCCUCACCAUGUUGAGUUUUCGCACAUGGUGCAUCGCGACAUGUCGUACGUGCCGCCAGAAGACUCGGCAAGGCGCGCCAGCACGGCGACGCGCGGUGCGCACAAGCCCAAGUCGUCCUUUUCGCGUGCCGUAGACAGUAUGAGCCAUGCGCUUCCGGGGCGGCGGCGCGGCGGGACGCAUUCAUCAAGGCUCCCAUCUACGCGGAGCCAGGAAGAGCUCUCGCGCGUACCAUCUCACCCCAGCUCCGUGUUCCAUGCGAGGGACGACAGCAGCUUUGAAGACGGGCACAAGCUGGGCUCCAUGAGUGCGUCGUCCGGCGUCGAGGAGCUCGGAGAGCUGCAGCAGCACAGCACCAAGCAGCUCUUUGGCGGCAUCAUGGUCUCGCAGGAGAUCAUGGUCGACGUCCAAGAGAACCAGCCGGCGGCGCAUGACGGCAGUACGGAGCUGAAUACUCUCCGGUCCAAGGCAGAGAGUACCGCCCCGUACACGGCCAUUGCCACGGGCGAGAAAGACGCAAGAAAAGGGGGCGAGCAGCGCGAUUUCCUGGAUGAGUUGCUGUCCAUGAGCAUGGUACUGGACAAGUCCAGGGACGCGCUGUAA